CUUGACACUCAUUCAUCAAAUCCCCCUCCAUCCCCAACCCCAAUUGUUGGCCUCGGGGCCCGCCUCAUCUCUUACUCUCAGACUUUUUUUCCGCUACAUUCAUUUCAUAGACAUUUGCUCGAUUCUCGGAUGGUAUAGAAACCUUCAGUCCUCUCCCCUUGGGUCUGGGAUGUCCUGAAUCAUACCACCAUGAUUCCCGAACCAACAGCCCACGGCACUACGCCGGCCGUCCCCUCGCGCAAUGCCCUUCGCGUCCUUCGCAGAUUGGCUCUCGCAGGGUCUACUGUCGGCAGCUUCUGUACCCUCGCCGCCAUUACUUACGACGUGCAUCGCCGCGUCAGCGUGGCGGAACGGAUUGUCGAGAACAAGCGAACCCUCCAAACCUCUGCCCCCCACUACGAUGCCACGUCGGCGGCGAAACGGCUCGCACGCAUGAUGGCCGCCGCUGAGGCGGGCGAGUUCGACGGCCUGGCCUCCAUGAAGGAUAACAACCAACCGCAGCAGUCCUCGAAGGCACAAGCACCGGAAGGGAAGCCAGACGGCGGAUCCGCUUUGCCGGAGAUGUACCUCAACCUUCCUGAUGUCAGACUAUCUCAGGCCGAGAAGUUGUUAAGAGCUACAAGGCCGGGUCCUCUGAAUCCCCAGCAGCAGCAGAGCGCCGGGCUUGGCGGCUUCGCUUCUCAGAGUCAAACAGAACCGGCAACCGCCUCCGGGGAAGCAACUGAGAACGCUUCCGAAGCCGCGCCCGCCGUUACCGACCGCUUUGUGAAGUACGGGGACUCUCCUCUGGGGAACUUGGUGGAUUUGCCAGUUACGGAGCAGAUGGAGAGGCUUUUGGAAUUUGAGUAUCCGAUCGAGGCGGCUCAGGUCUUUCUCGACAACCAUCCCUCGUCGCUUCUCACAUUGCCUGAGGACCGCCGUGAGCUCGCUAAAAGGGUGUUCUAUGCUAACUGCACCGCGGGCAAUGUUCUGCUGGCUCGCAAUGUGUUUGAGCGACUCGAGGAUGUGCACCAGGUGGACUUUGACAUGUGGAAGACCGUGAUCCUCAAGCUGGCAGCGAAGGGUCAUAUUGAGUCUACGGCUGCUAUCUACUCGCGGUUCAUGCACGAUUUCACAGCCAGCCCCGAUAUGCUCGAUAUCGUUCUCCGAUGCCUGGUCGAGUCUCAGAGAUUGACGACGGCCAAAUGGCUCCUCCUCAGGAACAUCCAGCACGAUCGUGGCUGUGGCUUGUGCGGAGCCUACCUUACCGGGCUAUGGAGGAAGACAAGGAGUAUAGAGCUGAUGAAUAGUCAACUGCGGAAGCUGUUACAGGUCCUGGGCCGCCUGCAGAAGAGGGCCACCGACAAAUUAUUCAAUCCGGUCAUCAAGGCUUAUGUUGAAUUCGGCCGCCUCGCCGAUGCCGAAGCCCUGGCGAAAGAAAUGAUCGACUAUGGAGCUUUCCCUGGCUGUCGGACGAAAGGGCUCUUGGUCCUGGGAAAGGCGUUCCAGUGUGAUUGGGAUGCCGUUCACGCCGGCCUCAAGGAGAUGCUCAAAGAGGGCUUACCGCUGACGAGAAAGGCCGACUUCAUUCCCAUCUUUGACCGCAUCUUCCUAGAGUUCUGGCCGACACACAACGGUCGGGAAAUCAAAGAUUUCAUAUAUCGCUCCCUGGAUGAGUACAAUAUGGUUCCCGAUCGGGUUUUGUACAGACACAUGAUCGAGGCAUUGGUGAUGAAGGGUGAUCGGGAGAUGGUCUACGAGUUUCUGCGGUAUGCCAAGGACAACCAUUGGCCGAAACACUUGAACGAGUACGAGUUCCUGGAAAUGCUGCGAGCCCGACGCCACGCUCUCGAGGAGUCACCCAUCGGGUUUUGGCAGAUGCUACAAGCUGCGCGGGUGAAGCACGGCCAGUCUCAAGCCUCACAGCGCAUUCUCGGGUACGACAAGCACUCGUUUCCCAGCCCCGAAGUCAACAGGAUGCCGUUCACCGAGGACUCCCUGCCUUUCUUCAAGCGGAUGAAACAAGAAACGCUGCCGUCGAAGCGGGUACAUCAAUAUCAGAAACUGGACCGGCAGAUGUCGCAUGGAAUGCAUAGCGGAAAAUUUUUGAGCGCUCUGAGAAGCUACGAGGAUGCCAAGCGCGCCCGCUUCCAGCUCAAGCAGGUGCACGUGGAGCUGGCUGUGAUUUCAACCAUCCUCGAGAAAGGCAUCGAACCCGCCCGGGCGCUGAUCGAGGAGGAUUGGGGAAAUAUCCGCGCUCUGACCCGGUUCCUCCCUCAAUUCUUCCGUGUGGUGAACGAGAUCGACACGCAAGCCACUGGCGAACACAUCAAGAUUGCGGUUCUUCGGUGGUAUGAUAUCUGCACGGAACGGCCAAAUCUUACACCCAAACAUCAUCUACUUGUAUCUGUCUGCCGACGCGUGAUCACCCAGGACGACCCAAAGCUGGCCCUUGAGCUUCUCUCCACGGUCUACGCGUCCAAGUACCGAAAGAUCAUUCCUUUCGAUGGGGUCUGCUUGAAGAUGUUCCUGCGAGCGUUUGCGAAUACCGACAACCCUCUCGGUGUCCGGUGGUGCCUCCUGACUGCCUUAACCUGGCGCGAGGUCCACGAGGAUUUCCUCAUCGAAUUGCGUUCAUUCAUGGGUCGGCUGCGGCAUCACUCGGAUAGCCAUCUCGAGAAAUACCACUAUCUUCUCGAGCGCGAGGAAUACAUCACUCAUCUUGCCAACCUGGUGAUGCAGAAGUUCCAGAGCGGUGAGGGAACGACGUGGGAUGUGCACCACAACCCUUCUUAUAAGAAGAACAAGCGAGAACUGCUGAAGCGUCCCCUGAACGCGGACAGAAUCUACGUAAUUGAGAAUGUGGAGCGAACGGUCCCGCAGUGGGAUGAGGAAUAUGAAUUGGAAGCCGCCUUGGGUCGACUCGAAGGUGUUCCCACGAGUACCGUUGCCCAGCUCACUGAGGAGCAUUAUCUGGCCCAGGAGUUGGCGGAGGAAAUCCCGACUGCUGCGUGAUUCCCGGCAUUGCGUUUGACCCGUCAUUGAUACUCUUUGUUUGUUUGUACUUUCCGCCUUCUCUACUUUGUUUUUAUUACUGGGGUAGGGGAGUCUCAUUCUGAGUCUAGUCUAGUUUGUCUGUAUAUAUCGUAAGUUAGGUCUUUGGGGUCGAUUUAUUGUGUUGUUUGUGUAUUGUAUGCUAGCAAUCAAUGUAUGAGUGGUU